CCAUCAGAGCUUGACUUCUUCUCUCCUUCUUGUUGUGUGUUUAUUGUGUGGCAGCAGCACAUAAGGGGACCAGGGGCAAAAUGGACAGUGAGUGCAGAAGGAAGUGGAAAGUCAGGCUUGCCCUGAGGCGAGACAUCUUCAAGGAGUUCCUGGCGGAGUUUCUGGGGAUAUUUGUCCUGAUACUCUUUGGAUGUGGUUCAGUGGCUCAGGCUGUCCUCAGUAAGGGGGCUCUCGGGGAGCCCCUGUCCAUCCACCUUGGCUUCACUCUGGGACUCAUGAUGGCCGCCUACAUUGCAGGAGGGGUGUCAGGAGCCCAUGUGAACCCUGCAGUCUCUCUCGCCAUGGUGUUGCUAGGCAAAAUGUCUUGGAAGAAGUUUCCAGUGUAUGUUGUUGCACAGUUUUUGGGAGCCUUUGUUGGAGCCUGCUGUGUCUACAUCUUAAAUUAUGAUGCUUUAAUGGACUAUAGUAAGGGAGAAUUCAUUGUUACUGGAGAAAACGCUACAGCUGGCAUAUUUGCAUCUUAUCCUGCAAAACAUCUCUCCAUCCUCAAUGGAUUCCUGGACCAGGUGGUGGGGGCUGCUGCAUUGAUUCUGUGCAUCCUAGCCAUCACAGACUCAAAGAAUAUCGGUCCUCCUAAAGGCAUGGAGCCUCUCUGCAUCGGUCUGGUCAUCAUGGCCAUCGCUGUGUCCAUGGGCUUGAACUGCGGCUACCCCAUCAACCCAGCGAGAGACUUAAGUCCACGACUUUUCACUGCGGUGGCUGGAUGGGGCGGGGAUGUGUUCAGGGCUGGAGGAUGCUGGUGGUGGAUCCCUGUGUUUGGGCCAAUGGUCGGUGGCGUAGUUGGGGCGGCUAUUUACUUUUUCUUCAUCGAGUUGCACCACACCGACGUCCAACAACAAGAGGAAAACAACGUACAGCAAAAGUAUGACAUUGUGACUUUGACUUAGCCUUCAAGGGUAUGCUCGCUUCAACCUAACGCCACACGCCUCAUAAAAUGACGAAAACACAUUGAUUUCUCCCAACCAGUCAACAAAGACAGGCACUUGUUUCAUUAUAAAUAUAAUAAUGAUGACAUCAGUUUUUGUAUUUGUAGCAAACAUUUAUCCAUCCAUCUUCUACCGUUUAUCCAAGUUUGGAUCAUGGGGGCAGCAGCCUAAGCAGGGAAGCCCAGACUUUCCUCUCCCGGGCUACUUUGUGCCACUCUGACUCCUGCACAAGCUCAAGCCCCAUUGUUCCAUUGAAGGAAAAAGCUUCCCAGAUCAAUGUCCCAUGUUUAGCAUUCUCAUGCAAACAGACAAUUUUUGGCCGUCAAGAAGAUGAGAUUUUGGAGAUUUUUUUGUUCCUAAAACCUUUCUCAGAUGCUGUCUGAUGCUGAGUUAUUGGACUGCAAUCAGCACCAGUACCAACCUUUAUUUGGGCCCUUUCUUCACAGACAGUCAGUCAAAUCCUCCAUCUCUGGGCUAGUGACAUUUUUUGUGUCUACCACUUGAUUCAUUUGUCCCAUCAGCCUCAGGAUCUUUUAAAAAGUUUAUUUAUUGAUUGAUUGUUUUUUUUUCCCUUUAAGAAGCUUACUGUGUCCAACCUCGCUGAAAGAGGCCUUGUUUAUGCAACCAACAAUAUUGACUGCAAGAGAGCUUUAGAAAAAAUAAUUACACCUGACAGAAAAUAACAUUAAAUCAAAAUGUUUCCAAGAUUUUGGCUUUUAAAGACUGUGGUCAACUUAAGAACAGCCUAUUUCAUUUUCAAUCUCUACUUAGGACCUUCCAUAAGAUCAAAAUGUAUUCAUUCAUUCAUUUUCUGCCGCUUAUCCUCAUGAGGGUCGCGGGGGUGCUGGAGCCUAUCCCAGCUGUCUUCGGGCGAGAUUGGACUGGUCGCCAGCCAAUCACAGGGCACAUAUAGACAAACAACCAUUCACACUCACAUUCGUACCUAUGGACAAUUUGGAGUCGCCAAUUAACCAUCAAAAUGUAUAUUCUUUUAAAAUUUAGAUCAGGAGUGUCUGUAUUUUUUAAGUUUCCGAAUGUUUUUUCUUUUUUUAUUGUUGUUGUAAAUUUUAGGUUGCAGGUAUUAUCUGCUGGGAGUACAAAAGUACAUGCAUCAGGCUGGUGUUCUAACCACAGUUUAGCAAGAAUUCAACAAUGUUACUUUUCCUAUUAAAUUCUCAGAAGAACAGGCUGCAUUUAACUAUGUUGUAUCGUAUGAGCCCAUUUUUUUCUCCAUAGGAAUAUUUGCCAAGUUUAUUGUACAGUAUUAUGACUAUUUAGCAUGAGAUAUACUUAGCUUAUUAAAUAUUUUAGCACUUAAGUAUGUAAAUGUGGUCAUCUAAUGUUGUACCAAUGAUGUGGACAAAUCACUUUUUUUCAUGUGUUCUGUCAAAACUGUAGUUGGAGUUGUUUUUAUUUUGAUUAGAAACUCCAGCCUUAAAGUAUUAUAUUUGCAUCCUUUUUUUUUCUCAAGGUCUCCUAAGCUAUAAAGUCAUGACAAGUGACACAUUGAUGUUUGAUAAAAUUAUUUAAAAAGCCAUAUGAUAUUGAACACCUACUCUAUAUGCAUGGAAUGACUUGUGUUUUGCUGUAACUUUGGUGAAAAGUAAACACAGUAAAUAAGCUUUCUUGAUUUAUUUGCUUUGGAAUGGGACCAUGUACAGUAUAAAGUCAUUUCUAUGAGUAGUCUAUCCUUUAAUUGACAAUACAGAAGCUAACAUAACUUUUAAAAAUAGAGCAAGUUUCCAUUAAAGCUUUUAUGUGAUCCCUGCAGACAGACAAUAGUCCAAAUGUGAGCAGCAACAAUCUCCUUGAUGCCCCUGAGUGGCGGAAGAGCAACAGUAUUUACUAGUAUAAUAUCAUGCACUCAACCGAUGUUUAAAAAGAGAACAGAGAUGAACAUUUCAUAUUAAAUCAAUAUCAUACAGUAACGAUGUUUGAAAGCUUGUUUGGGAAGUGGCCUAAUAGUGUCUGUAUUAAUGUUUUAUCUUCUCUUCAGGGUGAUUGGAAUUACUAUCUGUAAUUCUGAAAGCACCCAAGGAAAUAAUAUCUAUUGCAUUAUUCAACAAGUGUGUUGGCUAUUUGCAAUUUAUGUUUUCUGCAUAGUCAAAUUGAGACACAAAUUACCAAGGAAUUCAGUUCAAUUUAGUUUUAUUUACACUUCCUGCCAGAACGGAUUGUUCAUUUAUUCAUUAUUUAUUUAGUCUGGUUUAAUUUAUUUCCGCUGUGAUUGGUCACACACCCAAGUGAAAACACUAGUGCUUCCGAACAAAGAACCAUAUAAGGAAGUCCGCCCCUCUGUGACAUCACAAAGGGGCAAUUUUACCAUGCCUUUUGAAACCGAGCAUUUUGAGCCAUCCCAAACUUCUUUCAGGGCUCACUUCCAAAUGCACCAAACACCAGUCUCCAUAAUAUAGGAGUAGUAUAACAUUUUAAUCACACUUAGAAGCCAUGAUGUGUUGCAUUCAAAGACAUCACAGAAAUCAGUGUUUUGAGCGUAGAUUUCCAAGCCUACUUCAACACAGAAAACUGUACAUCUUCAGUAUGAAGACACACAUACACGCAUAAUAAAGGUGUUGUUGUGAUGUUCCGAGUGCCCCUGAAUGCACCUUGCUGUUGUCUUGUGACAAUGUGUGGUUCAGAAGAUACAUACAGAAUAAAGUUAUAUAAGAGCGUU